CUGGCUGCCCUGACGUCAGCAUGGCCGCGGCCCACGACUGCCAGGUUCGCUCCUAUCCCUCGAGCGGCAGGAAUCCGUCCCCACGCCCUUUUCCUUUAAAGGGCAACGGGCUGAGGGUGGGGCGGACGGCGCGGCUCCCGCGAUCCAUUCAGGUCAAAAGGGAGAGUGAUCAAACAGGAGGGCCGAGGGGACCUAUAUUCAGAGACUUAGCCGGACACCUGGACAGACUAUUACAACUUGGGACUUUUCAGGAGAAUGAGGGAAAUGUAAUUAUUUCACCUGAGCCUCACUCCAGCUCUGAGGUCCUCUUCACCUCUCUUUGGAAGAAAAUUGGAUAUCUUUUCCAAGUUGAAAGAGUGGAGAUCUGAUUUCUCCAAGGGUCAUUGCUUUUUGACACUGGGGCUUAUUAGAAGCAUUCAUUCAUCUAUCAAGGAGUUUUGGGGUAUGUGCCAUAAGCCAAGCCCUCUGAUAGGUGCUGGAGACAUCAAGGUAAAUAAAAGAAUCCUUCUCCUUGGAGAACAUCUUGGUCUAAUAAUGAUUUCUGGGGCUCUCUG